AUGGAGGAAGAAAUCAAGAGAUUUGUCCUAGUAUACAUUUCCGCAAUAAUUUCCGUAAGUUAUUGUUACUACAUACCGUCCAGAAUCAAAGCUGGUGUUCCUCGAUUACUCUCGAUUCUUCCCGUAUGUGUUCAGUUCUUUGUUUUUCCCAUGCUCUUCUACUCUGCGUUGUUCACUUCCACCAUAAUGUUUACCCUAACAGGGAUGGGAACUUUAAAGCUCCUUCUCUUUGCAUUUGAUAAAGGUCCUCUUUUCCCAAUUCCCACAAGUCUUUUCAGAUUUAUGUGCUUCACUUUCUUUCCCAUCGAGAGACUACGCAAAAACCCUAAAUCUCAAUCUACUUUCCCCACUUGGGUUUUCUCCACUAAAGUUGCAAUAUGUGCAGUGAUGUCAAUGUUACACGUCCAAGGAUACAAACAUAAUCUUCCCACGGUUCUGUUAUGGGUUCUAUAUCCUCUAUAUAUGUACUUGCCACUUGAUAUUAUAUUUAACAUCAUGAGAUUUCUGUUCACUAUCAUUCUUGGGUGCGAUCUUGAGCCAGUAUUUGAUGAACCUUACUUAGCCACCUCUCUUCAAGACUUCUGGGGUCGCAGGUGGAAUCUAAUGGUGUCAUCUGUCCUCCGGUCAGCUUUCUACCUUCCUCUGGUGGGUAAAUCCAACUCUGGUUUGGUUAUGUUUAUAGGGAGUUUUACAACGUUCGUAGCCUCUGGGCUGUUUCAUGAACUUCUAUACUUCUACACUAGCCAUGAAACGCCUUCGGGGGAGAUCACUUUGUUUUAUGUGUUACAUGGGGUUUGUACUGCGAUAGAAAUGGUGUUGAAAAGGUCAACGUUUGGGCAGCGUUGGGCAGUGAGACCAGUGGUGUCUCGGCUGCUUACAAUGACAUUUAUGAUUGUGACCAGUGGUUGGCUCUAUUUCCCUCAAAUUACAAGGGGAAAUGAGAUAUGCCAUUAUAUUACCGAAUAUUUUAUUGUUUCGUGA